GACCACGUUCAGACACAACAAAAUAAAUGUUACACUUCGUGUGGAUUGUUUGGCAGGACCAGUGAGCAUUUUCUCAUCCUGAACGAUAGAGAGUACAGUCUCUACAGAGUAGUGUAGAGGAGAAGGCCUGACACAGUGACAGGGCCAAGACGAACAACAGUUACUAGUGACACAGCUAUUUGGUCACCCUUUGAGUAAAAUCUGAUCCGGCAAAAUAUUUUUCUUUUCCAAACCACUGAGGUGGUUGUCGCCUACAGUAGGGGCUAUGUAGUGCAAGAGUGAGUGUAUAAUCGUAUCAGGUAGUUUUGGAUCCGUCCACCAAAUCGAACAUGUUCUAGUCGAUUGACUCAUAGGCAGCCUUGCUGAGAGCUAGAACUACAGCCACUUCAGGCUACGAAGUAUUGGUGGUGACGUGGAAAAGUCAGAAUGCUAAGUGUCACUAGUGGCCAGCAACGAUGGCGUUUCGACACGUCGGCAAAAGUUCUGAUUCAGCUGCUGUUGUUCGUGUUAUAUGCUGGGACGUGUACGGCCACGAAUGUGAACACGUGGGUGGAUUGUGGCGACAAAGGUGAAGUGUUCGUUACAAAUACCUACAAAACCUGGGUUGCAGGUGAAGAGUUCUGUCAGACACUCGGCAGCCACCUGGUCAGUUCUCCUCAAGUUACAGCCUGCAAAGCUAUGCUAGUGGGACUACUUGGAGAGGAGGAAGUCCAUAUCAGCUACACAAGAUUGCUCGAUAAACUUCACUUUCGCGAUGUUGGGAAAAAUUUAAAAGUUUCUGACAACAUCGUUACUAUCCAUCAACGCUUGGAUGAUUGUUCCAGUCAAUAUCUUGGGGAUGAUUCACAGCCACAGGACGCCCAAUGCACGUCAAUGCGUCCUAUCGUUUGUGGCAGGAAUACCAAUACACAAGCAGCUUCUAUAGUGUGUGACUCACACAUGUAUACAUACCAUAGCAUCUCAUUCUCAGCAGAUCAUGCAAACCAGACGUGCUAUCAACAAUAUGGUGGUCGUCCAUUGUCUACAGACAUACAGCAACUCAGCUGUGCCUCAAAACUGCUGAACACAUCGCAAGUCUUGAAUGACAACAACCUCAGCUACAUACCGGUAUACACCAAUGUCAUGAGUGGGUCUCUUUGCACUACCUACCAACCAUCAACCAACACAGUAGGUCAAGGCUCCUGCACCACAGCACGUCCCACAAUCUGUGUGUCUUUCUACUGCAACGACAGCAACAACUUGGUAGCAGCACGUAAUGAAGACCGGUGUAUGUGUAGACCUGGUUAUAUCAGGACAUCCGCACACAGAUGUGAAUCCAUUGUCGACAAACUAAAUAUAAACGUUACUGGCGAAGGGCUUGGGAGUUCAAACGUCACUGUUUUCAGCUUGAUUGAUUCAGAGUGGAGGGUGCACAGUGUGUACGCACAGAAUACACUUUACCUGCUGGCUAAUCUCUCCUUACCUGAAGGGAGAUUUGCUAUCAGAUCUGCUGAGCGGAUCAUCUACACGUUUUCCGAAUCUAUUCAGGAAGCUGACACUGUUGCAGCAGAGCUGGCCAAGAAUCCCUCCCAAUUCCUCACCGUGAAUGCCAGCUCGAAUAAUAACGUUAUCCUGGUGCCCACAGCCCAUCUGCGCAGCUACCUGGUCAACUUAAGAGUUUGGUUUCGGCCGUACAAAGUCGAAUGCGUUGACAUUCCUGGUACAAGCCAGUCAGACACCUGUAGUUACAGUUUGUUUGUGGAGACACUCCUGUUCAAGGAUGGCCUAUACGAGUUUGCCCUGUCUCCACACAACUCUACAGUACCUGUUCUAUACAGAGUUCACCCAAGACAGACUACCAUUGUAACUCUGAUGCCCAGCAUGCCAGGUAACAGUGAUCGUAGUAGUGGCAUCACAGACACAAGUACAUCCAUCAACUCUACGCCAUCGGCCCGCUGUGAGAAUGGUACUGAUUCUACAAUAACUACAUCCCGGGUGAAGAAGGCGAUCAUUUAUUCCACUCUCGUAACAGCACUGUUAAUGACGGAGAUCUUUGCAGCCAUCACACUGAUAUACAUAACAUACCAGGCAAGAAGCUAGGUCUUUUUUCCUGUCGCAAUUCCUGCACUUUUGUUCUCUUUUUCUUUAUAUCCCCUUUUGCACAGUACUUCAUAAUAGUCACAAAUGUAAGAGUACUCCGUAAAUCUUUUGUUGUUUCAGUUGGUCUCAUUGCGAUUGUCAUAUUAUGGUAUAAAGUGAUAAGAUAAGUUGCUAAAAUAUCGCAUGUACUUCAUCAAUGGUAGUCCACGUCUCUUCAAAUUGAUAUGCAGAACAUUGUGCCUAUUGAUACAUUGAUACGUUCAUAGGAUAAUUUUAUUUUAUUUUAUAAAGUUUUGAUGUAAAGUGUAUUCCGGCUUCGGUUUGAAAAUCUUUAUUUUACAUUGCA